CUGCUUAAAUUUUUCAUAGCAUUUAACUGUUAUAUAAAUUACUUCUAUUCAUUUAUAUUAAUCGAAGAACAUAAUUAUUAACUGAUAAUGGGAAAUAUAACAACUAGAAAUGAAACAUCACCUCAGAGCCAGUUUCAUCCACUUUCACUUUGGGGAAAAGGAAUAUCAGAGUCUGUUACAAAGUCAGAACAAUCAUUUCUCAAUGUAUCAAGGGAAAAAUUCUACAUCUACGUAAUUGUUACGUGUUUAAAGAAUGCUUUCAUAUGCUAUGGAAUGUCCAAUAUAGUGUCACCUUAUACGAUAAUAGGGAUACUAGUAACCUUCUCAUGUUUCCAAUUGGUAUCUCUUAUAGGGAAUUACGUUGAGAACCUGUCGUUUAUUUGGGCAAGCUGGACGGCGAUUCUGUGUGUCAAUUCGAGACUUCUCAAUUUACCAACAAUUACACGUUAUUCGAUUUCAUUUAUAAUUCUAUCUGUACCAAUUGCUUUCCCUGUUCGCGCUCAGUUAAUUUUUCUUAUAGAUAUCUUUUACACAGUUUUUAUGAUUUUGUAUAUGCUUGAUGUGUUUUGGGGGAUUCAUGAAGAGGCCAUUAAAUAUAUUUUUGCUCUAAUAGCAGGUAUAUUGAUAGCUUUAUCCAUCGAUAUGCAUUUGAAAGCUAAUGGUUUCCUUUUUGAAACGAUUGUUGUUAGUAUAUUGUGUUUUCCCUUGAUUAAAAAAGCUAUUUUAGGAGGAAAAAUAUUCAAUGCAGUUAUGAUAGCAUGCCUCCUUUAUUUAGGUUUGUACGAUAUUAUGUUUAGGGCACGCAUGCAAGGAAUUAACCUGAACGAGAUGAUCGGCUUUUAAAGUACUCCGAAUAGAAUAUAGAACAUUUCCAGCGGCAGAGUUGACAAAUGUUGAAGCUUGGACAUAGAUUUUAUCUUAACAAAUCUUUAUUUGAGUUAUCGAUCUUAUCUUGAAAAAUAUCUGGACGAAUUUUCGGAUUUGAAUAUAUUUUAAAACGUCUCAUCAUCUUUUAAUAUUCAGUCACAUUCUUAUUUUUGCUUUCUUGCAUGCAUUUGGGGAGAAAAAUUAUAAGUUCAUUUUAAAUCAUAUGUAUUCAGUUUUAACA